AUGCGCCGGCUCUGCCACGCCUCUGGAGGUGACAAUGACGGCGGCGAGCAAUCGCAAUACGAAUGCUUGCUUAGAGAAUUCGAGCAAAUGUCGCCUUCGGCGUCAACUCCGUCGGGGUUUUUUGCAGUUUACGUAGGAGAGGAUGGUGAAAGGUUUGUAGUGCCGACCAGCUUCUUGUCUCAUCCGCUGUUCAAGAUGUUGCUGGACAAGUCGUACAACGAAUAUGGUUUCGAACAAAGGGAUAAGUUGAUUGCUCCCUGCAGCGUGUCUACGUUUCAACAAGUGGUGAAUGCUGUGGGAUGUUGUAAUGGCAAGUUUCACUUUGGGAAACUUGUGCAGGACUUGCUUUAG